ACGCACCUGGCCCGCUCUGCUAAGAUGCUACUGACUCCUCCCUCCGCCGCCUCCAGAACACGGACCCCGAGUGCCGUGGAAAGACUGGAGGCCGACAAAGCUAAGUAUGUGAAGACGCACCAGGUGAUAGCACGACGCCAGGAGCCAGCCCUGCGCGGAAGCCCUGGGCCACUCACACCGCACGCCUGCAACGAGCUAGGGCCUCCAGGUUCGCCCAGAACGCCCAGAGCCGCCCGUCGGGGCAGUGGCAGGCGGCUACCAAGGCCCGACUCCCUGGUCUUCUACCGCCAGAAGCGGGACUGCAAGGCUUCGGUGAACAAAGAGAACGCCAAGGGUCAGGGGCUGGUGCGCCGCCUCUUCCUGGGCGCCACCCGGGACACUGCCCCCGGCAGCCCGGGCCCAGCAGCAGAGCGUCCCGCAGCGGCUGGGGGGUGGGCCGCGCCCCCAGUCGCCCCGGAAGCGGCAACCAAGCGGCCGCUGUGUCCCACGUGCUCACUGCCGCUGUCGGAGAAGGAGCGAUUCUUCAACUACUGUGGCCUGGAGCGCGCGCUGGUGGAGGUGCUCGGAGCCGAGCGUUUCUCCCCGCAGAGUUGGGGCGCCGAUGCGGGCCCCCAGUCCGGAACUGCUCUGGCGCCCGGCUCCGGGGACGACAGCGACUGGACGUCCAGCGACGGCGAUGUCGACAGACCGGACGGUGCGGGCGGCGGCGGCUCGGAGGCAGCGGGCUCGACGCGGGACGAGCGGCCCGCCGUGUCGGUAGUGGAGCGCAACGCGCGCGUCAUCCAGUGGUUGUAUGGCUGCCAGCGCGCUCGUAGCUCGCCGCCGUCGCCGCGCGAGUCGGAGGUGUGA